AUGAUGUACUCAUCCAGUUAUGGCUUACUGCAGUGUCUGCAAAAAGUCAGUGAUGAAGAGCUCCUGCAAUUUAAAGAGCUCCUCAGAAAAGAGCCAAAGAAAUUUAAACUUAAACCAAUCUCCUGGCCUAUAAUAAAGAAUGCUUUAAAGGAGGACCUCAUAAUGCUAUUGAAUACACAUUAUCCAGGAAAGGCACUAGACGUGGUGUUGAGCCUGUUGCGGUAACUCAAUCAGAAGGACCUCAUGACUGUGCCUCGGAAACACAGUAGAAAUAAACAAAAUAGAUACAAAGGGUUGAUUCGGACUACAUUUGAAGAAAUAUGGACCUUGGAGACCAAGACUCUUAUGCCUGAUAGAAGCUACCACGUAAUUAUCAAAUUCCAGUAUGAGGCUUUGCUAGAAGUGUUCCGUUCUAAGUCAGAACCAGUCACUGAAGUCGUACUAGGUAGCACAGGAGAAGGAAAAACCACUUUCUUAAAAAAAGCAAUGUUGAAUUGGGCCUUAGGAAUCUUAUGGGAGAAGAGAUUUCAGUAUGUUUUCUUCAUCUCUGUCUUCUCACUUAACAAUAUCCCAGAGUUAAGCUUAGCUGAGCUUAUCGCAAGUAAGUUGCCCAAGUCUUCAGAGACACCGGAUGACAUUUUAUCCCAUCCGAAGAGAAUAUUGUUUAUCCUGGAUGGAUUUGAUAACCAGAAAUUUGACUUGGAACUUAGGACAAACCUGUGUGAUGACUGGAGGAAGAAGCUGCCAACACAAAUCGUCUUGAGCAGUUUGCUACAGAAAAUAAAUGCAAUCAUACAUUGGAGAAUAUUAUGCAGCAUUUUCCAUAAAUUGCGCGUGUUGGAUCUAGACAGCUGUAAUUUCAAUAAGGAGGCCUUUAAGCUUUUCUGCGAAUCACUGUCUCCAUCUCACAUAAUGGAACCUGAGACUGCAUUUAAGCUCAAAAGCUUAUCGUAAUGUUCCUUCAUGACUAACUUUGGAGAUGGGUCAUUGCUUAAAAUGUUUCCUCAGCUGCCUCACCUGAAAUCCCUGAACCUGUAUGGCACUAACUUCUCAGUGUAUAUGGUGGAGGCUCUGUGCUUGACUCUGAGCUCCCCAACGUGCAAAGUGGAGGUGCUACUGUUGGGAAAAUGUAACAUCUCAAGUGAGGCAUGUGGCAUAAUUGCUACUUCUAUCAACUACCGCAAGUUGAGAAAUCUCUCGUUGGUUGAAAAUCCCUUGAAAGACAAAGGAGUGAUGUUUCUGUGUGAAAUCCUUAAGUGUCCGACCUGUGUCCUGGAGACACUGAUGCUGUCUUACUGCUGUCUCAACUUCAUUGCCUGUGGCCAUCUCUACAAUGGCAUUUCGUGGAGCCAACACCUCUCUCUGCUUGAUCUGGCAUCAAAUUUCCUAGAAGACACUGGAGCGAAUAUUCUGUGUGAAGCUUUGAAGGCCCCAAUGUGCCUCCUCCAGGAAUUAUGGUUGUCUGGUUGCUAUUUCACUUCAGAAUGCUGUAAGACGAUCUCUGCUAUCCUCACCUGCAGUAAAAAGCUAAAGAUCCUGAAACUGGGAAACAAUAACAUACAAGACACUGGUGUCAAACAGCUCUGUGAAGCUCUGAGGCAUCCGAAUUGUAAAUUGCAGUCUCUUGGGUUAGACAUGUGUGAGUUAACUACCAACUGUUGUGAAGACCUAGCCUCAGCUCUUACUACCUGCAAAACAUUGACUAACCUAAAUCUAGACUGGAUAGCCUUGGACCACAAUGGGCUGGGGGUGCUGUGUGACGCUUUGAUUUCCAAACACUGUAGCCUGAAGAUUCUUGGACUGGACAAAUCGCACUUCCGAGGAAUUACAGAACACUGA